GAAGCAUUAUGUUGACUAGUGCUGAAGCGUGUGGUUCGCCUGAGUUUGUCUGUUGGGAAGCCUGCAGGAGUUAGUUUUGUGAAUCAAAGUGGAUAGCGCCAUGCCAUUUUUCGAUUGAUCAGAUUCGAAGACGUUGAAUUGGGUGCCAUCUCGAUCGAAAGCUGGAUAUGCGGGAAUACGAAACGCCACCGGAUUACCCCUUCACGAUGGAUACUGACGAUGCGGAGUCAUCGACCAGCAGGGCCAUGUCCACAUUGAGCAGCCUGUUCUCGUUCACCAGCCCGGCGGUGAAAAAACUGCUCGGGUGGAAGCAGGGCGAUGAGGAGGAAAAAUGGGCCGAAAAGGCAGUCGACAGUUUGGUGAAAAAGCUUAAGAAACAGAAAGGUGCCAUUGAGGAGUUGGAACGAGCCUUGUCCUGUCCCGGACAGCCGUCCAAGUGUGUCACCAUCCCCCGAUCUUUGGACGGACGGUUGCAAGUAUCCCACCGCAAAGGACUUCCUCAUGUCAUAUAUUGUCGCGUCUGGCGUUGGCCGGACCUGCAGAGUCACCAUGAACUGAAACCGAUUGAAAUGUGCCAGUUUCCGUUUAGCACCAAACAGAAAGAGGUCUGCAUCAAUCCGUACCACUACACACGUGUCGAAAGUUCAGUUCUCCCACCGGUGCUUGUUCCACGUUUCUCCGAGUUCCCAGGUCACUCGAUGCUGCCUUUUCAUGCAAUGAACGAACCUACCAUGCCGCACAAUGUGAGCUACACGAACUCUGGCUUCAACAAUCCGCACAUGGGCGGAAGUGGGCCAAAUUCGCCUAUUUCCUCACAUAUGAGCCCGAACAGUCCAAUCUCCUCGGUGUCCAGCCCGGGAUCGAUCAAUUCUAAUCCACAAAGUCCUUACGGUUCACUACCGGGAACGCCUCCUCCGGCAUACAGUCCAUCUGAAGAUGGGAGCAAUGUGAGGAAUCAGGAGAGCAGCCAGAUGCAGGGUGAAGGAGAUCCGGUCCAUUUCCAGGAACCUCCCUACUGGGCCAGCAUAGCAUAUUACGAGCUGAACUGCCGAGUUGGUGAAGUGUUCCAUUGCAAUACAAACUCCGUGAUAGUGGAUGGAUUCACAAAUCCAUCCAAUAACUCCGAACGCUUCUGCCUCGGUCAGCUGAGCAACGUUAACCGCAACAGUACAAUCGAAAACACACGUCGUCACAUCGGAAAGGGGGUGCAUCUCUACUACGUGGGAGGUGAAGUGUACGCGAAGUGCAUCUCGGACAUGGCGAUCUUCGUCCAAAGCCGUAAUUGCAAUCACUCUCACGGGUUCAACCCCAGUACGGUGUGCAAAAUCCCACCCGGCUGUUCGCUGAAGAUCUUCAACAAUCGGGAGUUCGCUCAGCUUCUGUCGCAGUACGUAAACAGAGGGUUUGAAGCGGUUUAUGAGCUGACGAAAAUGUGUACGAUACGCAUGAGCUUUGUCAAAGGCUGGGGAGCUGAGUAUCAUCGACAGGACGUCACGUCCACACCCUGCUGGAUCGAAAUUCAUCUGCACGGACCACUGCAGUGGCUGGACAAGGUCCUGACUCAAAUGGGAUCACCACACAAUGCAAUUAGCUCGGUGUCGUAAGACGGAUGUGAACAUGGAUGAUCGAGCGUCGGAAUAUUAGAUGAGUGUUAGAAAAGAGUGAGGGUGUGACUAUGAAUAAUCACUGAUAUGGCAUGAUUUCGUCUUAAUGUAAUUAGUUAAAUACUUUUUUAUGAAGAUCUAUUUGAAUAAACUUAAUUUUAUAAAACAUUAGUUUUCAGAUACAAUUAUGGAGGAGUUUGUACUUCUGAAGAACUUCUUAUUAGAUGCCUUACGUCAUACACAUUGUGGCGGUUUACUUUUAGAUGCAUUUCAUGCAUAAAAUUUGCGUUAGUUGCAGUUAUGAGUAAGAAAAGAAGUGUAUGCAGGUUAGAGUAGUUUUCCUUACGCAAUAUAAUAUGAAAAGCUUACAAAUGUCUAGAAGAUAUGAGAUAGUUCUAAAAAAUAGUAAGAGAAAUAGUGGAGAUUCAUAUUUCGAUGAACUGAUUUUUAUUUACAAUUGCAAUUGUGAGGUGAUUUAUCGUUGUUCUUCCAAAAUUGAUAAUGUAGAAUAUCAAAUAUUGAUGCAAGCGAUUGUUAAGGAACAAAAUUAAAUCAAUUUUUGGCUUUUAUAGUUUAUUUAGGUUUACCGAAAGAUUAUAAUAUCAAUAUCAAUCAAUAAAUCAUUACCUUUAA